CGGAGCGGCCCCGCGAUGGCAGUGACGGCGACGGCGGCGGCUUGGCGAGCGCUGCGGAGGGUCGGGCUUGGCGCGGCGGCCGGGCCGCGAUGUUCCUUCCGGCCCGGCGGUUCCCCGCUCGCUUGGCCUAGUAGCUGCGGCGGCGCCCCGGCCCGGCGGCUCAGCACGAGCCCUGCGUUGCUGCUCGCCGCUCGUCGGUUCACAGACAAGCAUGAAUGGGUAUCCGUUGAAAAUGGUAUUGGAACCAUAGGAAUUAGCAACUUUGCACAGGAAGCACUGGGAGAUGUUGUUUAUUGCAGUCUUCCAGAAAUUGGGACAAAGCUGAACAAACAGGAUGAAUUUGGGGCCUUGGAAAGUGUGAAGGCUGCUAGCGAAGUUUACUCCCCCAUCACGGGAGAAGUCACAGAAAUUAACACCGCCCUUGCUGAUAACCCUGGGCUUGUCAACAAAUCUUGUUACCAAGAUGGUUGGCUUAUCAAGAUGACCGUGGAUAAUCCUUCUGAACUCGAAGACCUCUUGAGUGAAGACGCGUAUGAAAAAUACAUCAAAUCCAUUGAGGAGUAGCUAGAAGGGGCCAAGCUGAGCCAGUACCAACUGCUUUCUUCGAUGUAGAUUGUCCUAAAUUAGUGGCACAAAGAGAAGUUGGCGCAGCAGCUGGUGGAGGAAGUCCUCAAGGAGAAGAGCACUGCCUUUCUUCAAGUUGCUAAGCAUUGCCCACAAAUGUCUGUAAAUCAAAACAUUUGUAGCUUCUCUUACUAGGCAGCGUUAUAAGUAGUUUCAACUUUUCUCUCUCCCCCCCCGCCACCCAUCCUAAUGAAUCCCAUGAGGUCGAAGUUUGAAGUCCAUCAUUCCUUCUGGGGUAGAAUGACCUUUGUUCCUAAAAUGAACCCGGUCUGUUGCUAAUGAUAGGCGUGGAAAACGAUGCAACGGCCUUAAUUCCACCUUUUUAUUUGUACAGAUUUUCCUCCCUUUCCACCAUUCUUCCCAGGGCAUCUGUUUUCAGUCAGUUUUUGGUCAUCCAAAAGCUGUGUGCUGCCUUUGGUAUUAGUGAAAGUCCUCAGAGAGAGUAGAGCAGGACUGGAUUUCAUGGUUCGAAGUGCAAGUGCCGGGCUGGAGGCGUGGAGGUCUUCUCCAGCUAAAGCUUUCUGCCUUGCAGCAGAUAAGAUAACGGAAGUUAAUAAAAAAUCCUGACUUUA